GGGCCCUGCCUCCCCGGGCCAUGGCUCCUGCCUCGGGGGAGCGGGCAGAGCCGCCGCCCCCCGGCUCUCCCUAGCCCCCUGGGGCCGGGCGUGGCCCUUGCACGAGCGGCCGGCCGGAGAGGGGCCCUUGGGGGUGGGGGCUGCAGGCCGAGGGCAGAGACACCCGAAGUUACAAAUAGCCGCCCGCGGAGACAGCAACACACGAGCCCGGCGGCAGCUUCGCUUCCUGCCCGAGCGCGCACCGCGGAACCGCAGCCCCUGCAGCUGCACCCUGACUUCCUCCCCCAGCCCCAGCCAGCGCCUGCUGCAAUCGCCGCGCCGCGCCGAGCCCCUGGCAGCCGCUGAGACCCGCCCGCCCGGAGAUGGAGCCCCGCAGGGGAGCAGCCGCGCCGGGCACCCGGUGCUGAUCUGCUGGGAGUGCGGGGAGUUCCUGGGACAGCCCCCCUUGGGUGCAGGCGGGGGCUCGGAGCUGGCCCCGCUUUCGCCUGACCCCUCGCGCUUUGGGAGGAAAGUUUCCUCCUUUUUGGCCCCUUCCUCUUUUCCAAUCUGGAUUUGGGAGCCUGGAAGCAGCUUUCUGGGCUGGGCAGGAGCAUCAGGAUGGGCAACGCGGCCGGUAGCAUGGACCAGGCUCCGGCGAAGGAGACUAAGAGCCAGCCACCAGCGACAGCUCUGCCAGGCAAGCAGCCUGCAGCCCCGAAGCAGCCCAUGCCCUGCGCUGGGGAGCUGGAGGAAAGAUUCACCCAUGUGCUGGAUUCCAUGAACCUGCCGCCUGACAAGAUGAAGCUGCUCAGCCAGUACGACAGCGAGAAGAAGUGGGAGCUGAUCUGUGACCAGGAGCGGUUCCAGGUCAAGAACCCCCCCGCUGCAUACAUCCAGAAACUGAAGAGCUACUUGGACACGGGCGGAGUCAGCAGAAAGGUGACCUCCGAUUGGCUGAUUGCCAUGGCGUUUAAGAGGCGAGUGCAGGAGUCCACACAGGUGCUCCGAGAGCUGGAGAUCUCGCUGAGGACCAACUAUAUUCGCUGGGUGCAGGAGUUCCUGAAUGAGGAGAACAAGGGGCUGGACGUGCUGCUGGAAUACCUCGCCUUUGCCCAGUGUGCCGUCACGUACAAUAUGGAGAGCGCAGAUAACGGGAGCCCGGGCUCUGACAAGGGCAAAUCCCCGGACAGAUCCAUGGAGGACCUCAGCAAGAGCAACUCCUCGUCCCCUACACAGGGCUCCUCCAAAACGAGGCACCUGACUAUCAGACUCAACCCGGUGCACAGCAGGAAGGCGCUGCGGAACUCGCGCAUCAUCAGCCAGAAGGACGACGUCCAUGUCUGCAUCAUGUGUCUGCGGGCCAUCAUGAACUACCAGUCUGGAUUCAGCCUGGUGAUGAACCAUCCAGCCUGUGUCAACGAGAUCACCUUGAGCCUGAACAACAAGAACCCCAGGACCAAAGCCCUCGUCCUGGAGCUGCUGGCCGCCGUGUGCCUGGUCCGAGGAGGGCACGACAUCAUCCUCGCUGCCUUUGACAACUUCAAAGAGGUCUGCGGAGAGAAGAAUCGCUUUGAGAAGCUGAUGGAGUAUUUCCGAAAUGAGGACAGUAACAUUGACUUCAUGGUGGCCUGCAUGCAGUUUAUCAACAUCGUGGUGCACUCGGUGGAGAACAUGAACUUUCGCGUCUUCCUGCAAUACGAGUUCACUCACCUGGGGCUGGAUGAGUAUCUGGAGAGGCUGCGUUACACGGAGAGCGACAAGCUGCAGGUGCAGAUCCAGGCAUACCUGGAUAAUAUCUUCGAUGUGGGUGCCCUGCUGGAGGACACAGAGACCAAGAAUGCUGUGCUGGAGCACAUGGAGGACCUACAGGAGCAAGUGGGGCAGCUCACAGAGAAGCUCCAGGAUGUGGAGAAUGAGUCAAUGGCCAAGAUCGCGGAGCUGGAGAAACAGCUGAGCCAGACGCGCCGUGAAGCAGAGACGCUGCGGGAGCGGCUCAAUGACUCCAGCGGCCAAGCCCGGCCCCCCCCGCAGCAGUGGCCGGUGGAUGCCCGUCCCUCGGCCUUGGAGCAGAAGCUGGAGGAGCUGGAGGAGAAGGGGUUAGUCCGGAUCCUGCGUGGGCCAGAGGGAGCCGUUGCCAUCGAGAUUGUCCCUGUUGUCAUGGAAACCACAGCAGUCCCCACAGUUACGAUAGAAGCUUCCGCCUCUACCAGCACAGAUUUCCCGUCUCCUUCCAUUUGCUCCCCACUGCCACCCCCUGCUGCUGCCCAGACGAUUCCUCUGCCUCCACCUCCCCCACCACUGCCCCACAGCGAAGACACAGGCUCUGUCAACCUACCUUCUCAGCAGCAAGCCCCACCCUCUGCACCCCCUCCAGCUCCACCCCUUCCUGGGAGCGACACCCCUCCACCAGCCCCACCCCUUCCUGGGGUCGAAAUCCCACCACCUCCUCCCCUCUCAGUGGAGGGUGGCCUGGCCCCUCCCCCCCCGCCCCCCCCGCCUCUGGGAAUGCCAGCUGGAGAGGUCAGUGGCCCGAGCACAGCAGCCAGUUCAGCCAUCAAGAUCAAGAAGCCUAUUCAAACCAAGUUCAGAAUGCCCAUCUUCAACUGGGUAGCUCUGAAACCCACCCAGAUCAACGGGACCGUCUUCAACGAGCUCAACGACGAGAAGGUCCUGCAGGAACUGGACAUGAAUGACUUUGAGGAGCAGUUCAAGACGAAGGCCCAGGGCCCCAGCUUAGACAUCAGCACCCUGAAGGUGAAGGCUGUUCAAAAGGCCCCUAGCAAGGUGACGCUGAUCGAGUCCAACCGAGCCAAGAACCUGGCCAUCACGCUCCGCAAGGGCGGUCUCAGCAUCGACAGCAUCUGCAAGGCCAUCGAGACGUACGACUUGCGGAGCCUGAGCCUGGAUUUCCUGGAGCUGCUGCAGCGCUUCCUGCCCACCGAGUAUGAGCUGACGCUGAUCCGCAAGUACGAGAAGGAGCAGCGGCCACUGUCGGAGCUGUCGGACGAGGACAUCUUCAUGAUCAGAUUCAGCCAAAUCCCUCGCCUCGCUGACCGCAUGAACAUCAUGAACUUCCUGGGCAACUUCAGCGAUACCGCCCAGCUCCUGAUGCCGCAACUCAAUGCCAUCAUCGCAGCUUCCAUGUCCCUCAAGUCCUCCACCAAGCUCCGCAACAUCCUGGAGAUCGUCCUGGCCUUCGGGAACUACAUGAACAGCAGCAAGCGUGGAGCGGCCUAUGGCUUCCGGUUGCAGAGCCUCGACGCGCUGCUGGAGAUGAAGUCGACGGACCGGAAGCAGACGCUGCUGCACUACAUUGUGCGGGUGAUCAUGGAGAAGUACCCAGAGCUGACGGGCUUCUACACCGAGCUGCACUUCCUGGACAAGGCGGGCUCAGGUAGCGAGCGUGGCUGGAGCUCAGGGUGCCCGCAGGCAGGGCCAGGCCUGAGUCCUGGGGAGGUGGAGCUGGAGGGCACAGUCCCGGCAGGGCUGUGUGAAGCCUGUCAGAGGAGCCGGGACAGGAGCUCAGGACGGCCCGGCUCUGCAGCCCUGCCACUCCCCACUGACACUCCAUUCUCCUCUGCCCGCCCAGUGUCCCUGGACAGCGUGUUGCAGGACAUGAGGGCCCUGCAGCGGGGUAUGGAGCUGACCCGCAAGGAGUUCAUGCGGCAGGACGACAGCCAGGUGCUCAAGGACUUCCUCAAGGCCAACACUGAGGUGAUGGAGAAGCUGCAGACUGAUAGCAAAACGGCCCAGGAGGCCUAUGAGUCAGCUGUGGAGUACUUCGGGGAGAACCCCAAGACCAGCUCCCCCACCAUAUUCUUCCCUAUAUUCGUGCGCUUUGUCAAGGCCUAUAAGAAAGUGGAGCAGGACAUCGAGCUGUGGAGGAAAGAGGAAGCAGCUGCCAAAGAAGUGGAGUCCAAUUCCCCCAGCAAGCCAGAGCCAAAGUCUCCUGUCCACAAGGCCAAGCGCCAGCAGAUGGACAUGAUCGCUGAGCUGAAGAAGAAGCAGAUGGUGAAGGAGCCCCUCAUUUACGAGGAAGGAGAUGGUGCCAUUGAGGACAUCAUUUCGGGUCUGCGGAACCAGCCGUACAGGCGCGGCGACACUGGCCGGUGCAGCGGCAAGAAACGACCCAUGGGCCAGACCCUCCAGGUGACCCCUGACAUCUCGCUGUGACCGCCCCGCCUACAGUGAUGCCCUGACUGGAGGAGACCAACCAGCAGCACCGCCCCGCCCUGCCAGGGGAGAGGAGGUGGAUGUGAUCCACAGGGACUGGACUACCAUAGCCACUGGCCUGAACCAAGGACUCUCACACUGAUGGGAGAAUCCCUGCUCGCAGCUUCAAGACGCUUAACUGCUCUGAGUGCCAGCUGGUGCCAUGCACACCCUUCCCCCCCAAACCAGCCCUGCACAUCUGGCACCGGGCUCUCCCCCACUGGCCAUGUCCCUGCUGCCUGGGCAGCAAAGCCAGUGGCCAAGUGGCUCUGGGGGGAGGGGGAAUGUAAUGUGUGUGGCAGCUGCUUGAGCUCCACAUGAGAGACCGGAGGGGGGUUAGGGCCCAGUAGCGAUUCCCAUCCCUCUUCUCUCCCACGCAACACCACAUGCUGGGCUGGACCACAGCCACUGAGGGGGGGCCCCCCAGUGCACCAAGGGUGAGGUCUGCCCGCAGUCUGUUCUAGCCCUGCCUUCCCACUGUCUGGCAGAUGCUGUCUGGCUUGGGAUUAUAGUCCAUGGGCUGCAUCUUGUCCGACUGGCCUUCUCGUGCUGCUUUAGGGCUGACCCUGACCCCAGCCUCCCGCUCGGCCUUGACACUGCCUUGCCCUGUUCUCUGUUGUAAUGAGAACAGAGCGCCCAGGCUCUCGACUCCCUGGCCCCGGCCUGACCGCAGGGGGGACCUACAGAGCGGUGCUCGGCUGAGGGGGCUGUUGCACCAACCCUCUUGGCUGGCAGGUGGGAAUAGGGUGACCAGCUGUCCUGAACCGAGGGGCUUUGUCUUACAUAGGCACCUAUACUCCCUCCUGCCCCCUGGAAAGAGUGUCCCGAGUAGUCACACCCUUCUCUGGUCACCCAACGUGGGAACGGUAUUUUAGGGUGGCUUUUAAAUGUCUUCCUUGGCUUUCUCGUUAUGCUGCACUGCGUGGGAGAGGGAGGGGAUGCCGCUGUUCCUCCUGGCCUCAGGAUGGGAGCAGCCCCUCUCUCAUCCCCAGGGAGGCUCAGAAACAAUGACAAUCAACAGGGGUAAAGCAGCGCUAUUCCUCAUGUCACCACAAGGUGUCACCCUUUCCCCAUGCCAUCUGCACCCCCCACCCCUGGGCGGGGCUGGGGCCACAGCUCAGACCUAGUGCCCCCUAUGCCCUGGGCUGGGCUGGGGCCUCUAGUUAUACAGCUAAGCCUUUCACAGGCAGAUGAGUGACAAUCAGAACAACUGGCUCUGGGCUGCAAGGCUGGCCGGGAUGUCUAUCGAAGCCCUAAGCACCCACCAGGCUGCACAGUUGCCCCCAUUGCCAGGAGGCUGCAGUAAUGCGGCUGUGCCCUCCUGGCUGCAGAGCUACUCCAGUGUGUAUACGCUCCCAGCUGCAUGGCUGUGCACCCAGCUGCAGAGAGGCCUGUGGGUUGCAGCUCCCCAUCCCCUCCCCUUUAGCCCCCUGACUCAUGCCUCAGCCCCAGUCACUGGUGGAAUGAUGCAGCCCCCCCCGCUUGCUGGAGUAGAGGAGCCCACUGAGAUCGAGCCCUUAGUUCCACAGUGCUCGCCCCCCUUCUCUCGGCCUGACUCAGGGCAUGCAGCUGCCAUGGAUCCUCUUGCUAGGCCAGACUUUUAGAGCAGGACUAGCCAUGUUUGCAAGCCAGAGCUGUGAUUAUUUCCUGCUGUAAUUAAUAGGCAAAAUGCCAGCUGCUUGGUCUCACUCCCAGACACUCAUCACAAUGCAGGCGGGGUGGGGGAUGGGGAAAUGAAUGUGUAACUUAUACGAUGCCUUUAAGAAACAGGAACUGCUCCUUUGUAUACAUUAUUUUUAUAUCCUGGCUGUGAGGCCUGGUUUAAUCUGGUAAUAAACCCACUAAUGCUACA